AUCACAGCCUAGGCGGGGAGCUUUUAUCACGUCUCUCAUAAACCCACCUCUUUCGUAAAUCGUAGCCUAAUAUUUCGGUGUACCCUACGACAAAGUUCUGGCAUCCUAUCUCUAUCGAAGUUCAAGGUUUUUAAUAGUUACUAGGAAAACCUCUGUUUAUUAAAUACUGAACAACUGGAUCGCCAUGGCUACCGCAACGCAAUCCGCCAUUGGCGCACAUUCCAACGCUACUUUCAGGGAUAAGGAAAAGCCCAUCGCCGUGCGGUCUGCAAACAUCGUUGCUGCCAGAGCCGUUGCCGAUGCCAUCAGAACCUCCUUAGGGCCUCGAGGAAUGGACAAGAUGAUCAGGAGUGGGAAGGGCGAAACCAUAAUCACAAACGAUGGAAACACUAUGCUGAAGAGCAUGUCUGUCAUGCAUCCCACAGCUAAGAUGCUUGUCAACCUCUCAGCAGCACAAGAUGUCGAGGCAGGAGACGGUACGACAUCGGUGGUAGUUAUAUGUGGUGCCCUACUCGGUGCGGCAGAUAGAUUAUUAUCCAAGGGCAUCCAUCCUUCAGUUAUUUCCGAGUCUUUCCAAAGAGCGGCGGUAGCGGCGGUUCAGAUCCUCCACGACAUGUCACAACCUGUCUCCCUAGCCGACAACGCCACCCUUCUGCAAGCAGCGAACACAUCUCUCUCUUCUAAGAUUGUCUCCCAAUACUCAGGCUUGCUCGGCCCUAUGGCGGUCAACGCGGUCACAAAAACCAUCGAUAUCAAGUCAGCGGACAAUGUAGACCUGAAGAACAUCCGAAUCAUCAAGAAGGUGGGAGGCACGAUAGAAGACAGCGAGCUGGUGGAUGGAGUGGUCCUAAAUCAGCCGGUCAUCAAAGCAGCAGGCGGCCCGGUGAGGAUGGAGAAAGCCAAGAUCGGCUUGAUCCAGUUCCAACUAAGCCCUCCCAAGCCAGAUAUGGAAAACACCAUCCAGGUAAAUGAUUACCGCCAAAUGGACAAGAUCGUCAAGGAGGAGCGUCUUUACCUCCUUAACCUUGUCAAGAAGAUCAAGAAGGCCAAGUGCAAUGUGCUUUUAAUUCAAAAGUCUAUCCUGCGUGAUGCUGUCAACGACCUUUCUCUGCACUUCCUUGCCAAGCUUAACAUUCUGGCGGUCAAGGAUAUCGAGAGAGAUGAGGUUGAGUUUAUCUGCAAGUCUACCGGCUGCAAGCCCAUUGCAGAUAUCGAUUCCUUCACCGAGGACAAGCUUGGAACAGCCGACCUUGUCGAAGAGGCUCAGUCUAACGGUGCACGGAUGGUCAAAAUCACAGGCACGAAAUCGGCGGGAAAGACGGUGUCUAUAGUCUGCCGUGGCGCUAACAACUUAAUUCUGGACGAAGCCGAGCGUUCGCUCCAUGACGCGCUUUGCGUUAUCCGCUGCCUGGUUAAGAAGAAGGCUCUUAUUGCUGGUGGUGGUGCGCCUGAAAUUGAAAUCGCAGCUCAGCUCUCCAAGCAAGCACGCUCCCUUACCGGCACGGAGGCUAUCUGCUGGAAAGCCUUUGCGGAUGCUUUGGAAGUGAUACCCACAACGCUGGCAGAAAAUGCCGGCUUAAACAGCAUUAAGGUGGUUACGGAUCUACGACAUAGACACGAGAUGGGAGAGAAGAAUGCAGGUGUGAGCAUCAAGAGCGGCGGUGUCAACGCGAACAUUGCCAAGGAGAACGUACUGCAACCGCUGUUGGUGAGCACGAGUGCUAUCGAGUUGGCGGCCGAGACGGUGAAGAUGAUUCUUAGAAUCGACGACAUCGCAUUGACGAGGUAGUGUGGUCUAGGACAGCUAAAAUGAAAUGUACAUGAUAGCAAUGAAAUGAGACGUGAUGAGAUGACAUAAUCAGGGGUAUAAAUUCCCCUUAACCUUCUAAGACCGUAGGUAAAUAGGCGGACUAGGGAAUUAUAGUAAUAUCAAAGUGAUGCAAGCAAAGUGAUGCAAGCUUGCUACGAUGUCGUCACAUUGCGAUUUAUAUAAUCUACCUAUAGAAGUAUAGGCAGUUGGAGCUUUCCCGAUUAACAGAUCGGUGGGAUGAACG